AUGCCGAACAGCACGGUCGCAUCUGAGAGCUCGCUCAAGAAUAAAAAUUGUAAGAAGUGUAAGAAAACUGUAGUAAAUGGUGUGAAGUGUAACAAUUGUGAAAAUUACUUUCAUACAAGUUGUGCAAAAAACUGUGGCUUCGUCAAAUCAAUUAGUAACGAUUUAAUCACAUGCUGUGAACCAUCUACACAAUCUGUGAGUAAUAAUGAAUGUGAUAAUGACCAGGCCUUCUUUGAUGCCAUCGAGAACCUAUCACCAGAAAAAAAGGUAGACAUAAGUAUUUUUAGCUAUGUGAUUAAACAAAAAGAUUUGAUAAUUGACGAAUUACGUCAAAAAAUCAAGAUGUUAAAUGAUCAAAUCGAUCUAUUCAAGGAGAAUGGCACUGCAAAAAGAACAAAUAAUGCAGAUCCCACAAAAACUUUGGAAAAACUGACCUAUGCUAAAAAAACACAGCAGGCAAAUGUCUCGCUCACCGAACCAACUUGCUCGAGCGGUGUUGCCAGCUGUGCGAAAAUUUCCGUAAUCACGCAAAAUCAAGUAUCCUGUGCUCUGAUGGAAAACGAAACAAAAGAAAAGUGCCAAAGUUAUAUCAAUCUUACGAAUCCUAGUGACUCCAAUACUGCCAAGCAUAUUGUUAAAGAUAAAUCUACAUCAAAUAAUAAUUCUUCUGCCAGAAGUAAAGGACUCACAAUACAAGAAGAAAACGUGACAGAUCUAAAUGAAGACAUUUCACCCACAAAUGGUCAAUGGAAAAAGGUAACUCAUAGAAACAAAAAGAGUAGACAAUUGGUUGUUGGUACUGGUACUGACGGAAUCGCCGGAUCUAUCAAAGGAGUUCCAAAAUUUGUUGACUUGCAUGUCUACAGGAUUGAUCCUUCUACCGAUGUGACUUCCAUGCAAAAUCUACUUAAACCUCACUUUCCGGAGGCGCCGUUUUCUCGCGCUUAG